UGCCUUUCUAAACAUCAAGGACUUGCAUUAUUUAUCGCAAAUAUAGUAAUAAUUAGGCUAAUUUCAUAAUAAGAACUUUAAUUAUAAUAAAAUCUAAAAAUAUUGAAAACAGCUCAGUUAUUUCCAAUUCCCACGAAGUAAGUCUUUACCGGUAUUUAUUAGCUUAAUCCAGUUGUUCGGCGCUACGAUGGAAGACGACGAUAUACCGUCGCUGUCCGCUGAUACAUUCGCAGCCUUACAAGAGUUUUAUGCAGAACAACAAAAAAGGCAAGAAAUCCUUGAAAAGUUAGAAUCGAAACAACAGCUUACCGAAAAUAUAAUAUUUGAAGAAAACUGGCAACUAAGUCAAUUCUGGUAUAAUGAAAGCACAGUACAGGCUCUAGUGAAGGUUAUAGAUAAGUGCUUACAAGAUGGUGAGAAGGUGGCUCUUAUAUCUUGCCCAACACUAUUUGUACCAGUCAAGAGGCAAUUGGAAAACAGAGCAAGAGUUAAUUUGCUGGAAUAUGACCGUCGUUUUGAAGUACAUGGAAUAGAUUUUAUUUUCUAUGACUACAAUGAACCAAUGAAAUUACCUUCAGACUUGAAGCAUUCCUUCGACCUAGUGGUGGCUGAUCCACCAUUUCUGUCUGAGGAGUGCAUCACAAAGACAGCGGAGACGAUAAAGCAUUUAGCUAAAGAUAAAAUUAUUGUAUGUACGGGAGCCAUUAUGAAAGAACAUGUAGGAAAAUUAUUGAAGUUAAAACAAUGUAAAUUUCAGCCUCAACAUCGGAACAACUUGGCUAAUGAGUUUUCUUGCUAUGCUAAUUUUGAUUUGGAUGAUAUUUUAAGAUGAACUUUUGUGAUGUUCUAGUUAUUGUAUAUAUGUAUACACGAAAAUAUAUUUAAGAUUCUGAUUUAAGAAUGUAUCUAUAUCAGUCAACAAAUGGGUGUGAUACGACUAGUAUAUGUGAUUAAAAAUUAAUAUAAUAAUGAAUAGAUAUUUUUAACCACA